UUCCUUUUUUUCAUUAUUUUUGUUGAACCGUAUGCAUCAAAAGGUGCAUGUACGGUUUCUAAGGGAUACCAUUUUAUCCCAACCAACCGACUUUAUCGAGAAAGAUUGCUUUUUUUAGGCCAAGGGGUUGAUAACGAGAUCUCGAAUCAACUUAUUGGUCUUAUGGUAUAUCUCAGCAUAGAGGAUGAGACCAAAGAUCUGUAUUUGUUUAUAAACUCUCCUGGCGGGUGGGUAAUACCCGGAGUAGCUAUUUAUGAUACUAUGCAAUUUGUGCGACCCGAUAUACAGACAGUAUGCAUGGGAUUAGCCGCUUCGAUGGGAUCUUUUAUUCUUGUCGGAGGGGAAAUUACCAAACGUCUAGCAUUCCCUCACGCUCGGCGCCAAUGAGUUUUUUAUUGAUUUGAGAGAAAAAAGACAACUAUGCCUUCGCUCUAUAUGAAAUAUAGAAUAUUAAGUAAUAAUAGCAUGGCACUUCGAAUUCGAUAUGAGAAAUGUUUUUUAAACCCUUAGAUUACGUAUCGAAAGAGUAGUAUGAGAUAAAAAGGCAUUUUCAAUUUUAGUCAAUCUAUCGGGAGGCCUAUUUCAGCGUCACUAAACUUUUUUGUUUUCACACCAGGGGGCUAACAAUAUUUAGGUUAUGAAAGAAUAUGAAAAUAAAUCUUGUUUUUUUAUUUGAAAAAAAAA